UGAAGGGGUCCCUCGGGUCCCCCCACCCAGCAGGGUGUUCCCAGCACCGCUCUGGAUGGGCUCUCUCCCUCGUUUUGGGAGGUGAGGGGUUAAGUCAAAGCAUCCGAGCUAAGCCCUGGCAGGAGAAGGCUAAAAGCUCCCCGGAGAACAAAGCUCACAAAGUGGUGGUAAAGCUGGUAAACCCUGCGGGAAUGUGGGAGCCUUCAGGGGCAGCGGGGUCCUGGAUGGGGAGUGGGGUCCUGUGGUUCCCCCGGCAGCCCCUCGGUGUGGAAUUCCUGGCCCCGGGUUAUUUUUGGAACAAUUGCUUGGCCGGGCUUCAAAAGUCUCCUGGUUUUUGGAAGAGACUGGAGCCUGUGAGCCGUCAGCACAGGCCAGGCACUGCGGGGUGCCCAGGGCUGGCUCGGGAGCACCGGGAGCCCCUCCAGGGGGAUCAGGAGGUGCACCUGGAGCCCCACACUGGGACUGGGAUGGCUGCUGCAUUGAUGGAGGCUGCAGACUUUUAUUUUCUCCUUUGCCAAUCCCAAAUUUGCCGUCCACCUUUCAGGGAGGCUUUCCCAGGAAGGCAGCCUGAGCUCCAGGCUCUUGGGUGCCUCCCAAGGUGGACGUGCAGGUCGUGCCUGGCGUCCCCUCCUCUCCCUGAGCCCCUUCCUUUGCACCCCGGGGCUGUGCCACCCCUCUUUUAUCAAUUCCCGGCCCAUAUGAAAGGGACAGAGAGGGCAAGGAUUGAUUCUGGGCAAACACUAUAAAGGCACCUACAGUUAAACGGGGCAGCACUCGGUUCAUGGUAAUUAUCCUGGUUAAAUUAUAACCUUAAGAACAGGCCACCUCUGUCCCCAGGGCUCCCGUGUUCCUGCCAUUGAGGUGUUUGUGUCCCAGCCCCGGUGACACCGAGGGGAGCCACGCGUGGCCAGGGCUGGAGCCUGGCUCCUCACGCCCCUCAGAGCUGGAUUUGGGGCUGGCACAGCUGGAUUUUGGCGCAGCCCUGCCUGCUUCCCGACCAUCCUGCUCUUCCCAGGGUCCCCGAGGUGCUGCGGAGCUGGAGAGCCCCCAGGAGCCGUGUCCUGGCAGCCCCCCACGCAUCCCAGAGGCACCAUGAUCCCCAGCGCGGGCCCCCGGAGCUGCUGCCUGCUCCUGCUGCUCUGCCUCCUCCCCUGCCCGCAGGUCCGGGCGGGCAGGGACAGCCCCGGCGUCUCCGCAGCCUCCUUCCUGCAGGAUCUGCUCCAGCGCUACGGGGAGAGCCAGACCUUGAGCCUGAAGCAGCUCAAGGCCCUGCUGAACCACCUGGAUGUGGGAGUGGGACACGCCAAUGUCUCCCAAACACCUCAGCAGCGCCUGAACCUCUCCCGCUGCUUCAGCUCCGUGGAGCUUUUUGCCAUCCACAACCUGAGCGAGGGCUCCCCUGUGGGGCCCGGCGAGUUCAAGGAGUUCUGCCCCACCAUCCUGCAGCAGCUGGAGUCGGGGGCGUGUGCCUCCGAAAACCUGGAAAAUGAGGAGAAUGAGCAGACAGAGGAGAGCAGGCCCAGCUCAGCUGAAGUGUGGGGCUUUGGUUUUCUCAGUGUGUCCAUGAUUAACGUGGCCUCCCUGCUCGGAGUCCUCAUCGUCCCGUGUUCCCAGAAGGCCUUUUUCAGCCGGGUGCUCCUGUUUUUCAUCGCGCUCUCCAUCGGCACGCUGCUCUCUAACGCGCUCUUCCAGCUCAUCCCAGAGGCGUUUGGAUUCAACCCUCAGGAAGAUUAUUACGUUUCCAAAUCCGCUGUGGUGUUCGGGGGCUUCUACCUCUUCUUCUUCACGGAGAAGAUCCUGAAGAUGCUCCUGAAGCAGAAGGACCAGCACCACCACGGGCACAGCCACUACGGCCCCGAGGCUCUGCCCUCCAAGAAGGACCAGGAGGAGGGGGUCACGGAGAAGCUGCAGAACGGGGACCUGGACCACAUGAUCCCACACAUCACCAGCGACCUGGAGUGCAAGCCCCCCUCCGGGGAUGAGAAGGCCGUGGUGGGCUCCCUCUCUGUCCAGGACCUGCAGGCCUCCCAGAGCGCGUGCUACUGGCUGAAGGAGGUGAGGUACUCGGACAUCGGGACGCUGGCCUGGAUGAUCACGCUCAGCGACGGCCUCCACAACUUCAUCGAUGGCCUGGCCAUCGGCGCCUCCUUCACCGUGUCCGUCUUCCAGGGGAUCAGCACCUCCGUGGCCAUACUCUGCGAGGAGUUCCCACACGAGCUGGGGGACUUUGUGAUCCUGCUGAAUGCUGGGAUGACCAUUCGCCAGGCGCUCUUCUUCAACUUCAUCUCUGCCUGCUGCUGCUACGUGGGCCUGGCCUUCGGCAUCGUGGCCGGCAGCCACUUCUCUGCCAACUGGAUCUUCGCCCUGGCUGGAGGGAUGUUCCUGUACAUAGCACUGGCUGACAUGUUCCCUGAGAUGAACGAGGUGAGCCGGGAGGACGAGCAGAACGGCAGCGCCCUGAUCACCUUCGCCAUCCAGAACGCGGGGCUGCUCACGGGCUUCACCAUCAUGGUGCUGCUCACCAUGUACUCGGGGCAGAUCCAGAUAGGGUAGGACCAGCCCGAGCUGCAGCCCUGAUCCAAUUUUUCCAUGUUUUUUUUUUUGUGGGGGGGAGGGUUUUUCUUUUUUUUUUUUUCCUUUCCUUUUCCUGCUGCAAACAUACGACGGUACCUGUGCAGGCACUGACGUCACACUACAGGAGAGACAUUGCUUUGAAAGCUAUUCCAUGGAUUUUUUUUUUCUGGUUUAAGGCUGAGGGGAGUGGAAUUCCCCUUCCCAUAGGACUGACCUGACUUUGUCCAGUGUCAUAUCCCUUCUCUCCUCGCCUCUCCCAGGAAGGAUGGAAUGGGGAGACAGGAGCUGCUCCAGCCGUGCUGCUCCUCUCGUCGUGCUUGGAGCAUUCCCGUGGGACAUGAGGCUGUCUUGACCCCUCUGGGGGUGUGUGAUGGGGACAGACAGGGACAGACCCUUCUCAGAGCGUUCCCCACAGCCAGCCCUCAGAGCUGUGCUCUCCGAGGAUGAGGAGGUUCACGAUGUCACCAUCAUCUGACUGCUUUUGCUCCCUUUCAGCCCGGACAAUGCCCUGGCGAGAGCGGGGUGAAGAGGGCGGGGGUUUUAAAGCACAUUUUGGGUGUCAGUGCUCAGAGCAGAGGACACCAAACUGGGCUGGAGUGACACUUGGACUGCUGGGAGAAGCCUGCCGGGAUGCCCUGACCUCCCUUCAGUCCGUGCUGCUGGAAUCAGGGGCAAGCCCCAGCUCCUCCUCCGUGAGGGCUGCUCAGAAGGGGAGGAGAGCAGAGCCCUGCCCGGCCGCAGGCUCCAGCCCAGGGAUUUCUCCUCAGGCUGUGUCCAAGCUCACGGUGACAGCCAGGAUCAGCCACCGGUUUUUAAGCAGUGCUAAGGUUCAGGGUGGGGUGGGAGGUGUUUUUAAAAGCAAAACUCAGACUGUGAACCUCUUUAGGUUGCGUGUUCCCAGCCUUAGGGAGUAGCCAGAGAAAUUCCAGGCACUUCCCAGCUCUGCCUCCGGGCUGGCGUUCCCCAGAUUCACUAGGUGAAUUACUUAUUAUCAUAUUGAUAAGGUUGCCCACCCCACCUGUGUUGCUUGAGGUUCCCUUGCACCCCUUUUGCCCCCAGACCCCUUGUCCUGUACCUGGUAUGAGCUUGUGGCCGUGUGGAUUCAGGGGAAUCCCUCAUGGUUUGGUGCUGGAUUGGGAUGGAGGAGAGGUGCAAGUGCUUUGGAAGUGUUGGUGAAGUGUCUUCCUUCACUGCCCACCUGUGCAGGUGUGUGGAGCGUGACAGGGUGGUGGCACCGUGCUGGAGCUGAGGCUCCCACACCUUCCCUUUGCCCUCUGAGGAAAGCAAACCUGAGGCUGUGCCAGGUUAUUAUUCCUGCCCAUCUCAGGACAGAGGGCCCUGGCACAGGCUCAGCACCCCUGGCAGUGUUGUACCCUGGCUGGAUCGCUGUAAUCCCUGAAUUCCUGUAAUUCCCAGCUGGGUGAUGUUCUUCCUAAGCUCCCAACAGCUGUCACCGAGCCCGUGGCCUCUGGCACUGCCAGGAUCCUCAUGGAUCAUCACCUGCACUCUCGGUGGCUUUUCUAGUCUGGCCAUUUGUCCCCGCAGCACCCCCCGGCUCUUGGCCUUGUCCUGCACCCCAAAACCUAAAUACCAACUUCUGGAGGAGCAGGGAGCCUUUUUGGGAUCACCUUUCACCCGAAGUGAAGGUGAUUCCCUCAAGGAGAGACUCCACUAUGUCCCGUGUGGUGUCCUUUGUGGGUUGUCACCAAAAGUCACUUUUCCCAGUGGGACAGAGCAGCGUGGCCUGCGCUGGCUGGGGCAUUCCACACCUCGCAGGCAUUCCCUGUGCUGCAGGUUCCAGGAGCAGAGGGGCAUUGGAAACACUUUUUCCUUGCUUGAGAGAGCCACAGCCCCAGCUGAUGUGGAAAAUCUGAGUCCUUUUCACUGGCACAGGUGCCCUCUCUCUCUCCCUCUCCCUCCUCUCUCUCCAGGAAGCAGUUGGAAAACACCAUGUGGCUGGCAGGGCACAGGAGGUUGGAAAAGCUUCCAUGGGGGAGGACAGGGGGAUGUGGGGGGUUUGUCCCCUCUGGAUUGUGCCUGGGAGGUCCCCAAGAGCUGGGAAGUGGCAGAGAGCAGGGCUUGGCAUCCUCAGAGCUGGCAGGAUUCGCUGUGGGGGGGUCACAACUCCGCCGUCUUCUCGUUUCCAGUUUAUCCCCGUUUCCUGGGGAAUCUGCAACCCGGAGAUCUGGGAUUGGGGUGGGGGUGAGGAUUGAGGCUGCCCUGCCACCCAAGGAGAGCUCCUGUUCCCCCUGGGCAGGCUGGCACCUGCCAGUGGGAGAGGGAUGGCAACCCACCCAAAUCGAGCUCCUCGUGGAUUUUCAUCCGUGUCUCCUUGCCCUCACCCGGUUGGAAGCUCAAGUUCCAUCUCAGUAUUUCAAUUAUAACUCAGGUGUUGUAGGAGAAGAGCAAAGAGCGUUAACUUAAAUGUCACGUGAAUUGUACAGAUAUUUGUAAAAUUCCAUAAAUAAAACAUAUUCUGUAAUGA